GCUAGCUAGGUACUAACUGUUGUUCCACUCAUUCCCUUAGGUGUGAUACUAAGAAAAACUAACUAGCAAUUGCCAAUUGCCUGUUGGUUGUGGCAGGAAGAAGAGAGAGGUGCAGUUGGUGUGGAGUGAAACUUGUGGUGCCAGCAGAAGCACAAACCAUUCAGUGUGGUUCGUGCCACCGCGUCACCCGUGUUAAUCAACCAUCCAUUAAUUUUAAUUCUUUGAUUCAAGCUACUCAUAAUUCCAUCAACCACGCUGUCAGCCGUUUAGGAACCCUGAUGGCCAAUGCCGCAGCCUCCCCUAGUAGUAGUACUGGUACCGGUUGGUGUUCGGGGGCACCAGCCGCUGCCUCUGGUUAUUACAAUCCUCCUCCUCCUCCUCCUUGUCAGCCGUCCUGGCCAUCAGUACCAAAACCCUUGAUGCCUCCUUCCGCGUAUGGAAGAAAGCGGGCGUUGCUUUGCGGAGUGAGCUACCAUGGGCGGAGCUACAACCUCAAAGGAACCGUGAACGACGUUAAUUGCAUGAAAUACUUUCUUGUUGACAGACGGGGGUUUCCAGCUGACUCCAUACUUAUGCUUACAGAAUAUGAGGCAGACCCUUAUAGGAUCCCAACAAAGCAAAACAUACGAAUGGCGCUGCAGUGGUUGGUCCAGGGCUGCCGAUCAGGAGACUCAUUGGUGUUUCACUUCUCUGGCCAUGGCUCAACCCAGCCUGACUACAGCAUGGAUGAGAUUGAUGGCUCUGACGAAACGCUGUGCCCUGUGGAUUUUGAGACCCAAGGGAUGAUCCUUGAUGAUGAAAUUAAUGCCACCAUUGUUAGGCCACUGCCCCAUGGCGCCAAACUUCAUGCCAUUAUCGAUGCCUGCCAUAGUGGCACUGUUCUUGAUCUGCCCUUUCUUUGCAGAAUGAACAGAGAAGGAUGCUAUGUGUGGGAAGAUCAUGGACGAUGGUCAUCUGUUUAUAAGGGUACAAGCGGUGGACUGGCUGUCUCUAUAAGCGCUUGUGACGAUCACCAAACCUCUUCAGACACUACUGCUUUUUCAGGAGACACUUCAACGGGUGCCUUGACUUAUAGCUUCAUCCAAGCAGUGGAAAAUGACCGUGGAUUAACAUAUGGCUAUUUGCUUAAUGCCAUGCGCCAAAUAAUUCGCGAAGCUAGGUCUGGCAUACGCUUAAAAGGGCCAAUUGCAGCUCUUGUCAAUAAAGUAUUUGGUACCGAGUUUCUACAAGAGCCCCAAUUGACGUCAUCCGAGAAAUUUGACAUUUAUUCCAAACAAUUUGUACUGUAGUUGUAAUAAUCUGUGUGAGAAGUGAACCAAGUCUAUAUAACGCUAGCUACUCAGUUAGUCUGACGAUCGAGCUCAUUGGUGUAGAGACACUCAUCUAAUCCCUGAUGACAUAAUUCGGUUUUUGUA